AUGGACCACUUGGCGAAGGUGCCCUGUUCCCUGCAGUCGAACAAUUUCCCGGCAGUCGCCGCCCUCCUUUGCCUGGCGUCCGCUCUGCUUUCCUCGAGACCGUCGUUUUGGGAUUCAGUUUUCUUUUGGUGGUUUGUCAGUGUCGGAGGAGAAGGCCAGUAGCCCUUCAGGGAAGAUGGGAGACGAGGAGAAGCCGGUGGGUGCCGGUGAGGAGAAGCAAAAGGAAGGAGGCAAGAACAAAGAAGGAUCUGGGGAUGGAGGACGAGCAGAGUUGAGUCCUUGGCCUGAAUAUAUUAAUACACGUCUUGAGAUGUAUAAUAAACUAAAAGCAGAACACGACUCCAUUCUGGCAGAAAAGGCAGAAAAAGAUAGCAAGCCAAUUAAAGUCACCCUGCCUGAUGGUAAACAGGUUGAUGCAGAAUCCUGGAAAACUACACCGUAUCAAAUUGCUUGUGGAAUUAGUCAAGGCCUGGCUGACAACACUGUCAUUGCUAAAGUGAAUGAAGUUGUGUGGGACCUAGACCGUCCUCUGGAGGAAGAUUGUUCCUUGGAGCUUCUCAAGUUUGAAGAUGAGGAAGCUCAAGCGGUGUACUGGCACUCGAGUGCUCACAUAAUGGGUGAAGCCAUGGAAAGAGUCUAUGGUGGGUGUUUGUGUUACGGUCCACCAAUAGAAAGUGGAUUCUAUUACGACAUGUACCUUGAAGAAGGGGGUGUGUCCAGCAAUGAUUUCUCUUCUUUGGAGGCUCUGUGUAAGAAAAUCAUUAAAGAAAAACAAGCUUUUGAAAGAUUAGAAGUUAAGAAGGAAACCUUAUUGGAAAUGUUUAAGUACAACAAGUUCAAAUGCAGGAUAUUGAAUGAAAAAGUGAAUACUCCAACUACCACGGUCUACAGGUGUGGCCCCUUGAUAGAUCUCUGCCGGGGUCCUCAUGUCAGACACACUGGCAAAAUCAAGGCUUUGAAAAUACACAAAAAUUCCUCCACCUACUGGGAAGGCAAGGCAGAUAUGGAGACUCUGCAGAGAAUUUAUGGCAUUUCAUUCCCAGAUCCUAAAAUGUUGAAAGAGUGGGAGAAGUUCCAAGAGGAAGCUAAGAACCGUGAUCAUAGGAAAAUUGGAAGGGACCAAGAACUGUAUUUCUUCCAUGAACUCAGCCCAGGAAGUUGCUUUUUCCUGCCAAAGGGAGCGUACAUUUAUAAUAUGCUUAUUGAAUACAUCAGGAGUGAAUAUAGGAAACGGGGAUUCCAGGAGGUGGUCACCCCAAACAUCUACAACAGCCGACUGUGGGUGACCUCGGGCCACUGGCAGCACUACAGCGAGAACAUGUUCUCCUUUGAGGUGGAGAAGGAGCAGUUUGCUCUGAAACCCAUGAACUGCCCGGGACACUGCCUUAUGUUUGAUCAUCGGCCAAGGUCCUGGCGAGAGUUGCCUCUGCGGGUAGCUGAUUUCGGGGUGCUUCAUAGAAAUGAGCUGUCGGGAGCACUCACAGGACUCACGCGGGUGCGGAGAUUCCAGCAGGAUGAUGCUCACAUAUUCUGUGCCAUGGAGCAGAUCGAGAGUGAAAUAAAAGGUUGUUUGGAUUUUCUGCGUGCAGUAUAUAACGUAUUUGGAUUUUCCUUUAAACUGAACCUGUCUACUCGCCCAGAAAAAUUCCUUGGAGAUGUUGAAGUAUGGAAUCAAGCUGAGAAACAACUUGAGAACAGUUUGAAUGAGUUUGGUGAGAAGUGGGAAUUAAAUCCUGGAGAUGGAGCUUUCUAUGGUCCAAAGAUUGACAUACAGAUUAAAGAUGCCAUUGGUCGGUACCACCAGUGUGCAACGAUCCAGUUGGAUUUUCAGUUGCCCAUCAGAUUUAAUCUUACUUUUGUAAGCCAUGAUGGUGAUGAUAAGAAAAGGCCCGUGAUUAUCCACAGAGCCAUCUUGGGGUCCGUGGAAAGAAUGAUUGCUAUUCUCACUGAAAACUAUGGGGGCAAAUGGCCCUUCUGGCUGUCUCCUCGCCAGGUGAUGGUAGUUCCAGUGGGACCAACAUGUGAUGAAUAUGCCCAAAAGGUGUGGCAGCAGUUCCACGAUGCUAAAUUCAUGGUGGACAUUGAUCUGGAUCCGGGCUGCACAUUAAACAAGAAGAUCAGAAAUGCACAGCUAGCCCAGUAUAACUUCAUCCUGGUUGUUGGUGAAAAAGAGAAGACCAGUGGCACUGUUAAUAUCCGCACAAGAGACAACAAGGUGCACGGAGAACGUACUGUUUCUGAAACCAUCGAGCGGCUCCAGCAGCUCAAGCAGUCCUACAGCAAACAGGCAGAAGAAGAGUUUUAAAGAGCUUGGCCCAGAUUGGCUCAAUGGAAAAGGAUGAGCAUGUUUUCAUAACUUAACCUUGUACUCUGGUAUAAAACUCAGUUUAUAUUGACCUGGGAGUAGUUUGGCAGAGUCUGCAGCCUUUUCUGACCUAGACAGAUAUUAGACAGUGUAUAUUUGCGGGAGGUAAUUAAAAGUGAUAUAGUAAAAUAAUCAUUUUAUUCGUUAGAUUUCUGAGCACUGGGAAUAAAACAUGAGGAAUGGUCUAAUGUAAUGUGGAAGAAUGUUUUUGUAAACUUAAUGCAGCUAAAAUACAAACUUUUUUCAAAAUCUCAUUAAUAUGAAGGAAAUUUUAGAAUUGGAUUGCUACAUAAAAAUAAAAGCUUUUAUUCACAUCA